AUGCGAUCUUGUGCAUCGAAUGUCAUAUUCUUCUCUCAGGAUCAGUUUCUCAUUAUCCACUUGGUCCAUUCCAUUGAUCAAUUUAUAAACUUGCCAGUUGCGUCCUCCCCGCUGAGUCGGAAGGACGUCAUAAUUAUCACUCUCUGUGUUUACAUGAGUUGCAGCCCCUACAAGAGGAAAUCAGAAGUGAUUUGGAGUGAACACGCCUACUCAGUGGCUACUGAGGGAGGUCUAGGCCCGUUCUGCCAGCCAGAAACAACCCAGAAGAAGACAGAAAAUAAGUGUCCGUGCCUGAGUUUGGUGGUGCACCCCGCCACAAAGCCUGCUGCUUCCCACGUGGGCCCAGCACAAAGGACUAUGCUCGUCGCAGGCACUGUUGAGGUGGAGCUAGCCAUAGCAGCCCUAGAAGACAUGGAGAUUGUUGAAGAGCCUCGUCCUGCACCAUCUGGCAAGGAAAAACACCAGAAAAAUGCUGCUGCUGACCAGAUUCCCUGUCUAGAUGUACCUGCCCCGGCCAUCUCGGACUGUUCUUCCCUGUUGUCCAUGGAAAGACAGCCAGUGAGCUUUUCAGCUGGUUUGCUGCCCUGCUGA